UCCCUAUCCAGCCAGCCAGUCUUCCCCUUCCUGUCUCUUUCUGUCUCUUUUCUUGUCUCUUUGUCUGUCUGUCUGUUCAUCUUUCUGUCUUUCCUCGGACCAGGUCUUCCCAUCAUGCUGGUACGAGCCUUCCUUCAGACCUCGCUGGUCCUUUGGCUGGCACAGCACACUCUGCAAGGAGGAGUGAAACCUGGUGCAGGCAUGGGAAGAAUGAUGCCAGGACGGGGUGCCAGUCUUGGCCCAGGUGCAGGGAUGGGAGGGGGCAGAGCUGGAGGCACGGGCUCUCUGGGGAUGCAAGGAGGUCGAGGUUACGGUGCCAAACCUGGGAAAACUGGUGGAGCCGGAGGUCGUUAUCCAGGAGCUCAGCUCGGUGGAGCGGGCUACAGAGGCCCAGUAGGAAGAGGAGGAGUGAAGCCAGGAUAUGGGCCCCAGGGAGGUGCAGGUGGGGGUGCCAGUCUUGGAGCUGGGAUGGGAGCAGGCGUGGGGAUGGGUGUGGGGAUUGGGAACGGACUGGGAAUGGGCCUGGGCACUCAGGGAGGGAAACGUGGAGGUGAGUAA